AUGAGUUGUUUUCACCGAGAAGACGACUGGAUGGCUGAUGUCUGUCUGUUGUCCGAACAGAAGACGUCGACGCGGUGGAAGUGGUCGACGAUUUCCAGAUGCUCAUUUGAACCCCUCCCAAACGGUCGAAGUGGUCGACGAUGUCCGGAUGCUCAUCGGAUCCCUCCGAUUGCGGUCGGCGGUCGACUGCUUUCAUCCGUCGAUGGCUUGGGUCAACCGUCGCGAUAA